CUAAACAAAUUCAUCAGAAAAAUAACUCUCUCUCUCUCAUUACCCUCUUUGGAUCCUCUUCAUUUCUCUCUCUCCCUUUAUAAGUUUCCAUAUAUAAAAGACAUUCAGUUUUACUGUUGUGAUACAUAGCCGAGUUUCAAAGCAAUACGAGUAUACAAAGAAAAAGCACAAAAUCUUUCUUCAUUUUUUUCUUUUUCCCUAAUUACUUAUUUAUAUAUCUCUUAGCUAGCGUUGCUUUGCUUUCUCCAUAACCUUCUGUGUGGCUUUCACAAUUUUCAAGAGCUUGCUCUCUUCUUCUGGUUUUGGUUCUCGUUGGGUUAAGUUCAAUUUGCUUGAAAGAGAGAUGUCGAGCUGCAUCGAUGUUGCACCUGAGCAACUCUGCUACAUCCCUUGCAACUUUUGCAACAUAGUUCUUGCGGUGAGUGUUCCAUGCAGCAGCCUAUUUGACAUUGUGACCGUCCGAUGCGGGCACUGCACCAAUCUAUGGUCCGUGAACAUGGCAGCUGCGUUUCAGUCACUGUCAUGGCAAGAUGUUCAGAGAGCUGUUGGCUUCUGCGGCCACAGUUGUACGCGGGCGUCAGGCCCCUGUCCUGACCCAUCACAACAGGCCCGAGCCAGCUCCGCCAAUAAGGCACCAAAAUACGCCUCCCCAGAGCCGUACAGGAUUCAUGAGUGGGGUUCGUCAUCCAAAUGCAGCAACAAGAUGUCAAUGAGAUCACCGCCCAACCACAAAGCGGCUGAAGAAAGGGUCGUUAACCGACCUCCCGAGAAGAGGCAGCGAGUACCUUCUGCAUAUAACCAGUUCAUAAAAGAGGAGAUUCAGAGGAUCAAGGCCAAUAACCCAGAUAUCAGCCACAGGGAAGCAUUCAGUACUGCUGCAAAGAAUUGGGCACACUUCCCUCAUAUUCACUUCGGGCUGAUGCUAGAGUCCAACAAUCAAGCCAAGGCGGAUGGUACACAUGAUAAGCACCUCAUGCAAAGGGCUGCAUUGCUCAAGUGAUGAGUGUUUUCAAGAGCACUUCUAAACACGUCCCAAGAGCAGAGAUUAUCAAAGCAUUGACUUUAAAUUAGUGUUUUAAUUAAGCAUAUUAUGAUUAAUCUCCUUUAUGUAUUCAUCCUCAAUCCGUGUAUUUGUCGUCUCAAACUUGUACUAAUCACUUGAUUUGAAGUUGCAAGCUACUGAAUUUCCUUUUUCUGCC